GCUCGACGCGCACGCACGCACGCACAUGCACCGAGGACGGAGGCUCGUCGGCAUCUUCGCUCCUGCACGUUCACGGAUCUUCUUCUUCUUCCUCCACAGAGAUUUACACUUUGAAUUUUUGUGCUUUUCUUUUUCGAGUAGUACAAAAGUUCCAGGGCUUCACAGUUUUUUUUCUUCCACGCGUCACCUGAGAAUUUCACUUUCUGACUUUGGUUGACUGCUCAGACGAAAGUCCAACAUGGCAGGACAGUCCCCCCGCGACACACUCGAGGUGUGACAAGACAAGGAGUCGCGAGUCCUUUGGCACUUUUACGCACAGAAACGCCACCUGGUGAUUUUCUUACUCCGCGGACCCCGGCUCGUCCAGAACGACUCCAUUCAUUCCGCCGCUGCUGUCACAGACUGCAAAGAACAACGAUUCAGACCUUCUCCUCGUCCGUCGCCGUCGCGAUGCUGUUCGACAGCUUCGACCUCGUGUCGGCUCUGGCCACCCUGGCCGCCUGCCUGGUGUCCAUGGCGCUGCUGCUCGCCGUGUCGCAGCAGCUGUGGCAGCUCCGCUGGACGGCGACGCGCGACAAGAACUGCAAGCUGCCCAUGCCCAAGGGCUCCAUGGGCUUCCCCUUCAUCGGCGAGACCUGCCACUGGCUCCUGCAGGGUUCGGGCUUCCACGCGUCGCGGCGACAGAAGUACGGCAACGUGUUCAAGACGCACCUGCUGGGCCGCCCGCUGAUCCGGGUGACGGGCGCCGACAACGUGCGCAAGGUGCUGAUGGGCGAGCACACGCUGGUGACGGUGGACUGGCCGCAGAGCACGUCCACGCUGCUCGGGCCCAACUCGCUCGCCAACAGCAUCGGGGACAUCCACCGCAAGAGGCGGAAGGUGUUUGCCAAAGUGUUCAGCCACGAGGCGCUGGAGUCCUACCUGCCCAAAAUCCAGCAGGUCAUCCAGGAGAGCCUCCGAGUGUGGAGCUCCAAUCCCGAGCCCAUCAACGUCUACAGGGAGAGCCAGAGGCUGUCGUUCACCAUGGCGGUGCGAGUGCUGCUGGGCUUCAGGGUGUCGGAGGAGGAGAUGAGGCAUCUGUUCUCAACGUUUCAAGACUUCGUCGACAACCUCUUCAGCCUGCCCAUAGAUCUGCCGUUCAGCGGCUACAGAAAGGGAAUCCGUGCGCGGGACAUCCUGCAGAAAAGCAUAGAGAAGGCCAUCAGGGAGAAGCCGCUGCGCUCCCAGGGGAAGGAUUACAGCGACGCGCUGGACGUCCUGAUGGAGAGCGCCAAAGAGAACGGCACCGAGCUCACCAUGCAGGAACUGAAGGAGUCGACCAUCGAGCUGAUCUUCGCCGCCUUCGCCACCACCGCCAGCGCCAGCACCUCGCUCAUCAUGCAGCUCCUCCGCCACCCCGCGGUGCUGGAGCGCCUGCGGGAGGAGCUGAGGGCCCGGGGCCUCCUCCACAACGGCUGCCUCUGCCCCGAAGGAGAGCUGAGGCUGGACACCAUCGUGAGCCUCAAGUACCUGGACUGCGUCAUCAAGGAGGUGCUGAGGCUCUUCACGCCCGUGUCGGGGGCCUAUCGAACCGCCAUGCAGACCUUCGAACUCGACGGAGUCCAGAUCCCCAAGGGCUGGAGCGUGAUGUACAGCAUCCGGGACACCCACGACACUUCCGCCGUCUUUAAGGACGUGGACGCCUUCGACCCCGACCGCUUCAGCCAGGAGCGGGGAGAAGACAAAGAGGGACGCUUCCACUACCUGCCCUUCGGCGGCGGCGUGCGGUCCUGUCUGGGGAAGCAGCUCGCCACCCUCUUCCUCCGCAUCCUCGCCAUCGAGCUGGCCAGCACCAGCCGCUUCGAGCUUGCCACCCGGCAGUUCCCCCGCGUGAUCACGGUACCCGUGGUCCACCCCGUCGACGGGCUGAAGGUCAAGUUCUACGGCCUGGACUCCAACCAGAACGAAAUCAUGGCCAAGUCGGAAGAGCUGCUGGGGGCAACCGUUUGAAGGGCGGAGCGUUGACGAGCGGGGGUUUGGGGGGCGGGACGGGGGGGGGCGGGGCGAAUCGAAGAAGUCUUUGUAGGGAGAAGUUUGAAGGAAGUUCAGAGUUAUCUUUUCUUCUGCCAAGUUGGAGGUUCCUUGUUUCAGACUACAUGAAAAGCAAGUGUCCGUCUCUUGUUACAACCGAUGAUGUCACUCUGCGAAAGGAAGAAGCUGCCAAAAAAUGAUGCUCUAAUAUUCUGUGUAUUUUUUUAAAGAUAGAUAUACAAAAAAAAAGCUAUGUAAUAUAAUUGGAAAGAGAGAAGGCGGGUAGUGCACAAUGGGAGAAAGACAAGUGCGGUGGUACUCGGGGAGAGUGUAAGGAAAGACGGCGGGAUGGAUGAAACAGGGUAUAGGAUGAAAGAAUAUGAUAUUUGAGCAUUUUUGCUUGUGCUUAAUCAAAAAUCAAUGAACCGAUUCAGUUGUCUAGCCAGGGUAAAAAGAGAUGGACUGAAAGUUCAAGUCCCGAUCGGUAAAUUUGUGGUCGGACUUCUUCUCGCUGCCGCCGACGUCCCACUCAUGUUGUGACGAUUCUUUUGAGGCGUUUUCCUCAAAAGGAUCACGGCGCAGAGGGUAGUAGGUCGUAGGCACGAGGCUCGUCAAAUGAGGUCCAACGAGUUGAGCCGACAAGGAAAUAUUAUCUAGAAAUGUAGUUGUGAGGUGGACGAUAUACUCGCUGCAUAUUUUAAGUGGCAGAACACACGACAUUUAUUGCAAACGGGGCAAAUUUGUUCCACUUCCUGUGACGACUUUGCCUGCUGUUUUUUCAUUAACUGACUUGUAACGCAACAGUUUCCAUAUUGCUUCCAAUCCUCCGCCGUACAGUGAAAUAAGCUUCUCCGACUACCAUCGUUACAAAGAAAUAUUAGAAACAUAAAGGGCAGGAACCGCAGAAACCUUUAUUUAUGGGCUCCAACCGCUGGAGUCAAACAAGAGCGCAGUUAAAAAACGCAGUAAAGACCAGGAGAACGAGGUCGGUCUUUAGCUCGGCGCAGCCCUCUGAGAUACUCCAGGAUGUAAAUUCUAGCUGCAAGAUGAAUGGCGUCUAUUUGGCUUCAACAAUCUGCACACAUUACAAAGCCUACAAAUGGACCAAAAGCCCCCGAAAUGCACUCGCAAGAAAGUCCACAGUUAGAAAUCCUUAACUCUACUUCCAUCACUUUGCUCUUCGCGUCGACUCAAAAUGUCGCCCGUAUAUGUACGCACAUAUAUACGUACGUACAUAUAGCAUAUCCAAGUGAUCUUGGUGGUGUGUGAACUCAGGUGCUGAGUAGUCGUAGUGGUGAAUAGUGAAUUAGCCUUUUGCUUUUUGAUAUUUAACUCGGAAUGACUGCACAUAAAGACUAUCGCGUACUCACUGUCGUAGUUUCAGAGCUGGGCCGGUUGCUCUUUUGAAGAAUCUGUCAAUUCCUUUGCUUCCCGUUCGCAACAAACAAACAGAUAUCAGGGUUUUUUUUGUUCAUUUGCGUUUUCUCGCAUUAGCGUCUGCAGCGAUUCUGGAUCGCCCCUCCCCCCCUGCAAAGGAGACAGUUUUUGGGGGCGCAAACAGAAUCGGCUGGCAGGAGUUCCCAACUGGCAUCACAUGAGAUAAAAAGUAACAGAAUCCAGGUCAAACGGUAAUAAGGUCCAGGCCUGCUUCGGAAAAAAAACCCUCUGUGAACCUGCGCUUUGAUUUAUAAAGAACACUUCCAAGUUGCAGUGAGAUUGAACUCUCUUGGACUUUUAUCCCACAACCAGGAUACGGAAGAAAAAAAAGGACUCGCUCUCAAGAGCUGCCGUCGAUUCCUGAAGAAAAGACGGGAGGUGGGCUGGAGACGACCUACAUACAUGCUGCUUGAUUGUCGCUUUGUCAUUCUGUGUUUUGUUUAUUUGUGUGCUAUUUUUUUUGUUUAAACCCCCCUGUCUCCUUGGGGGGCGUCAUUUUCAGUUCUGUGGAGAAGGGGACGUUCCGACUUGCUGCUCCUCCCAUCAACGCUAAGAAUGCAAAAAACUAAAAGAGUUCCGCGGUUGAAGCGACUUUAUUAGCUAAAAGAGAUUCAUUGUCUGAGGCGAUUGCACAAUCGAGGAGACUCUCGGCGCUUCUAUGCGUUCCGUUAACGGAGCGGGAGAUUUCGGAAGAACUCGGGGACAUUCCGGUUCCAAAUCGGGCGUGCGAGAGAGAGAGAGAGAAGGACCAAUGGACUUUCAGGGGAGGGCGGGGUCACGCUCAGAGGCUUUUCUCAUUGGACCAUCUCCUUGUCCAAUAGCGUUCCAGACAUUGUUCACUCUUCCUACCGACUACACCACUGUUCUCUUCACGAUAACAAAAAGAAUAUGAAAGUUGAAUUUUUUUGCUGCUUUUCUUGUGUAUAUUUUCUAAUUCAGAGUUCUAGAUUGCAAUAGUUUGUAUCAAUUGAGAUUGGCAUUUCUUUCCCUUCCCUACAUAUAUAUAUAUAUAUAUGUACCUAGUAGUAGCUGAUUAAAAUAUUUGCGUUUUGUGAAAACAAAAAGAACAUUUAUAGGUCAUAGUGUAUAUUCAUUUGAACAAGAUUCCAUUCUUUAUAGCAAGCCAUGGGGAAAAUCAGCUACUUACGUCUACUAAUCUAACCUAUUAAUGUUAUUGUACGAUUAAUAAUGAUGUUACAAGAUAUUUGAAAAUGCUAUUUUUUAUUCGAUUACAGAUUUUAGAGUUUUUAGCCGAAAUAAGAAGGUCUUUGGUAAAUAUUGGAUGUAUUUAGAAUGUUAUGUAUUUCAGUUACAUUGUAAACAGUGUUUAAAAUGUUAAUAUUGUUGAUUUGAUUACUGUAAUAAUUAUUAUUUUGUUAUUCAGACUUAUUACCGCUGCAUUUUAUUUGAUAUUAAUUAUGGAAAACAGAAAGCACUUGCGAGGUAUGUCUAUUUUUUAAAGUGCCAUUGCGACUACACUUCCCCUUCCUCUCACCUGUCUUACGUCGUUCUGUACAUAAUAUUUCUAUUUUCUUUUUACAGGAAAAAAAACAUUUAGUUUAAAUAUGAAUGUCUCGUUCUAUUUUCUUCCUUUCCUUUUUUUUGGUUACCGUGGUUGUUAAAUGUACUCCUGUAAUAAACCAUAAAGUGAAAAAGA